AUGAUGACGACGGGUUUGGCGUUGAAGUGGACGUGGCGCAUCCCUCACUUCAUGCACGCUGCCACCAAGACCGCAUUUGGAAUUGUCGCUGACAGCAACAGGUCCAAGAACCCAGCGAUGACUGACCUAUUGUGGCGAGUUGUCAAGACCGUGUACCAGACGCAGCACGUCGAAGUCAUGGGCACUCUCUUUAGCGAGUUAUGCAGUCUACUAACAGAUGACGAUGUGAAUGCCAGACAGCUCCUCAACUUCCGUAUUCAUCGUUUUCUGGGUCUCGCACGUGUCGUCCGCCGAAUUGUCCUACUUUGGGAUCCACUUCUGACAUGGUACGAAGCGAGAAUAGCCAGAGCCCGACGCGAUAACGGGGUUCCACCAGCUGCCUUUCCGCUGACCCAGGACAAAAUGGAUCUCAUCCAAAUACUAUCACUACUUGAGCCGAUCGCAACGGUCUGCAAAAUUGGGCAGUACGAGUCAGAAAACCAAUGCAAUGUGCUCCUCGGGCUCUUUAAGCUCCGUAUAUCUGUGUUGGAUAAUACCGCGCCUUUGAAGGACUGCAGAUCGACCAAGACGGACAGGCGUUUUUUCAGGCCAGAAAAGCUUUCGAAUUUGGCGUCGACGACGCGAUCGCUUCUCCAAAAAGCAUUUCACCGUGUGUUUUUUCGGCGAUCCACUGAACGCGACGUCAUGAACACGUGCUCCUACGCGUUUGAGAUACAAUUACUGCUAUCCCCCAACUUUAAAAACCCCGACGGAGCUUUGAAGAAGGUGAUACAGAGGACUAAUCUACAAGCCGUAGCUUCGCAGCAGGUGGCCGACCGUCACUACACACAAGUUCGGCGCAAAGUUAUCGACGGUGUCCGAACGAUUAUGAAGGCAGUUGAUACCCAACCAACUUCACUUGGAAUCGUUGCACCACCUCCCGAUGUUGUAUUCGCUGAAGAUAUCAUGAAGUUAUUCUCUGAGACGGCGGACGAGGUCGUGCCGUCACCGGCCGAGACACAUAACUCGAUGCACACGCAGCGAGUGGAUGAAGAGCUUGACCGCUGGCUUACAACGCCCACUUCGUUGCGAGCUAUACGUCCAGGUGAGGUUGAACCGGUUCUUAGCUACUGGAAACGCCAGCAGGAGCAGGGAAACUCCCAACUUCUUCCGCUGGUGGCGCGUGUUUUGUUUUCGAUGCCCUCGUCAUCGGCCCAAAUCGAGAGGGACUUCGGAACGGCUGGGAGAAUGGUGACGCCGGAACGCAGCUCGUUGGAACCAUACAACGUGGAUAUGGCUAUGUAUUUGAACUGCAACAGGAGCUACGUCGACAUAACCCAAUACCCAUAG